GGCGGAUUUCAUCAACAUCAGUAUUAGAGAGCUCGCGCAUCAGUAAACAAGUGUUUACAGUGUUUUUGUUGGAGUUUAUUUAUUUUAACGUCACAGAGGACGAACUUUGUGUUUGAGUCUGAGAGUAAAUUUAAUGUGCGUGAGAGUGCAUGAGAGAUGGAGUGUGAGCGUGGUAAAGCCCAGCUCCGUGUGCGUGUGUGUACGUGUGUGAGGAGCAUCACCUCGUCCCGGGAUCACGCCGAGAUCAGCGCUGCUGUACACACACUCGCGCAGUACCUGGAGGGAGGAGGGGCCUCGGCAGGGGAGGGAGCGGAGUUCAGACGAGCUCACUAUACACCCGUCCUGCAGGCGCUGCUCGCCGCGACCGGUUCUGACUGGUUCCACAGUCUAAAGGACGACGAGCGCAGGGACAUGUGGGACGCCUUUUUUCUCCGGGGGCCUCCGGACCAGGCGCUACUGGUCUUACUGGAGUCCAUCAGCUCCCAGAGUGAGAGCUCGGCCCUAGACCGGUGUGUCUCGGUGUUGGAGAUGUUCCUCGCAGCGGGUCGCAUCGGCGCGCUCUUACUGGCCCGGUGUGUAGAACACGACUCGCACCGUGACUCCGCCCACUUCCACGAGCUCGUGUUAAACCGCCUGGCGUCUCUGCCCGCCCUGACCGCCAACCGGCUCGGCACGCGCACGCCGCCGUCACUGUCUGAGCGGCAGUACUACACACACCUCGCCCUGCACAUCACACACACGCUGGAAAGGAUCUGCAGCGCUCUCAGAGCGGGACAGGACUGCUCGGUGGUGUUUGUUUCUCAGCUACUGGGGAAAGUGUGUAUGCAGGGACACGGAGAGUUAGUGUGGGCGGCCCUGUCUCCCCGUCUCUCCUCUCUCACACACUCGGACGCUCUGUGGAGGCGUGUGAGCUACAGACUGCUAGAGAACGUUCCAGAACGCUGGAUGGAGAGCGUCGUCACACCGCUCAUACACCACCUGCACGGGUCAUCAGCGUUGUCGAGGGUGUUGGGGAAUAUCGUGUUAAAGAAUAAGAAAGUUCAGUUUGUUCUCACUCACAAACUCCUGCUGAUGCAGUAUCAUCACCCGGUGCGGGUGUUAAAGAGCGUGUUGGGAUAUCUGGCACUGGAUAAAGAAAGACGGCCACUUCUCAAACAGGUGCUACGCAGUGUGUGUCAGGUGUGGUGUAACAGCAGUGCAGUUAAACACACUCCGGUGGAGCAACAGCUGUACGUCAGUAAAUGCCUGCUGCUGUGUGUGAGUCUACUACAUCAUACAGAGAUACCGGAGCUACGGGAAGACCUGCUGCAGUGCAUGCUGGGAGGAGUGCAGUGUCGCCUGGACAGCGGCGUGGAGCGCGUGCGGAGGAUGGGCAUGGUGGUGGCCGAGUGUGUCAGCCGGAGAUUGGACACGCCCACCUCGCAGCUCAAAUUCCAGUACGAGGCGGAUGACGAGAGCAGGGAGUUGCUGUCUCUGAUGGAACCUCAGACUGAAGACGAUGAGGAGGAACAGAAACCACCUGAUGAUACACACAGACCCGAGCCCAAGGGUCAGAGUUCAUCAGAACCGUCAGUGACAUCACAGCUCGCCACGACCAAUCAGAACUCAGCAGCUGCAGAAGGCAGUGAUUCUGAGCUUGACAGUGAUGAUGAGCUCACUCCAUAUGACAUGUCCACCGAUCAGGUGACACAGAAGACGAGUCCACCGCGCUACAUCAGAGACUGUCUGGACGCCCUGAUGUCAUCUGAGGACCCAGAGAGGGUGGAGCUGAGUCUUCAGGCAGCAAACGGGCUUCUGAGGAGGAACAUCAGCACCACGCGGGAGGUGAGUGUACAGUUCAGUAAAGUGCUGCUCCACCUGGAGGACAGGUACAACAUUGCAGGUUUCUACACACUCCGACAGAAGGCCAUGGUGGCGCUUGCUGUCACAGACACACAGCCGGUCGUGGAAUAUCUGACUACUGAGUUCUUUUCCCUGAACUACAGCCUAAGGCAGAGGCUCGACAUCCUGGAGGUCCUUGCUGUCUCCGCCCAGGAGCUGUCUGAGCCAAUCACAGAGAAAAGGGCGGAGUCACAUUCAGUCGUCAUGGUGACGCCCCUGGAUCGGGGUGGUGAGCUUGAGCAUUGGCGUGAGGUUGUAGAGAAACGCAUUCAGAGUAAGACACGGAGGAUCAGUAAGGGUGUGCCACAGCCCCUUAAAUCCACUCCAAACCGCUACGCUCCAGUCGCCGGAUUCUUCUUCUUUCCCCUGUUGAGAAACUACGACAGGCCGCAGGUGACAUUUGACCUUUUGGGGAGUGACCACCUGGUGCUGGGAAGACUGGUACACACACUCGGACUGCUAAUGCACCUCGCUAUUAAUGCUCCGGUGGCGACCCAGAUGGGCAAAGCUCUUCUGGACUUUGUGUGGGUGCUACGUUUCCAUGGUGACCAGAUGGUGAGAAGAGGUGUGUUGUUCUCGGUGUGUGCUGUGUUUUUGAGCAUGCCCAGUGAAAAUCUGCUGCUGGAACUCAGUGACGAUCUCGUGGAGACCAGGUCAUGGCUCGCAGAUGUAGCAGAGAGUGAUCCUGAUGAGGACUGCAGGAGUUUGGCUGUACAGAGUUUAGUGCUGCUGGAAAAAAACCUUAAAACGCAUCUACAAAGGCCCAUGCAGAUAAGCUGAGAGUGAGACUGUAGCCCUGAGUGUUCAGUCCCCACCUGAAUAAACCUGGCAGUGUAUGUAAGAGAGAAACUGUGUGAAAUAAAG